UUUCCGUCUGAGCAUACAUGGCGCCUUUCAUGCUUACACCAUGCCCAACACGCCAUGAGUUUUCAGUUUAUAACGAAUGACAUAGGACCUAAGGAGAGACGUCUCAUUCGUUCCCAUGUUAUGCAUGGGAAGAACGCUGGACGACCACGUCCAGAUCGCCGAAAGAAACGCGAUGCUGCCACCCAGCAACUCGCCUCUCAACACGACGCCGCGCACAAAGACAACAGGAUGGUCUCACAGCUUCGAAUACAAGAUCUUCACCGUUCGGGCUUAUUUGAUCGCUUGAUCUGUAACGAUUUGGCUUUUGCCGAAAUUCCUCGACAAAGUACUAAAUCUAUUGAGCAUUUACGCCAAUGGAUCUCGAUACUCGACAGAAGGUUAUAUCCACCGGAGUUCUGCUCGAAACUUGACUUCAUGGACUACGUUUGGCUGCAAUAUGUUUUCUAUGACGAAGGAUAUAUGCAUGGCGUGCUUGCUAUUAAGUCAUCAUUUCGGGAUUACCUCGAGAUGCAGGCCGAAGCUUCGCCAGACGCGUUGGAGCAUUUGUCGAAAGCUUACAAGUUGACCCGGCGUAGACUCGCAGGCCCUGAAGCAAUCUCAGAUAAAGCAAUAGCAGGUGUCACAAUCCUUGCUAUAUAUCAGCUCGUACAUGGGAAUGUAGACAUUGGAUUACUACAUUUCGAUGGAUUGUACCACAUGGUACGCUUGCGGGGUGGCCUGGCAAAGCUCAUGGAACACAAUCGUGCAUUGGCUCAAAAGCCGUGGAGGAUCGAUCUAGAGUUUGCACUGCAAAGUGGCCUACCCAUGCGAUUUGCUGGUUCUGAAACACCUAUCUCUGCGAAUAAGGGGAUGAAUCCAAGAGUUAUCAGCCCGACAUAUACAAAGCUUUGCGGGUUUGGCAUGGACAUAGAACUUGUCUGUUUGCUGUCCGAUACUACGGCCUUCACCAACUCCCUCAAUACGAUCGACGAGCUGAGCAGACUGGAUCCACUGGACUUCUCCGAACAGGCUUUUCAACUUAUUCAUCGAUUAAUUGACUUCGCGCCUUUACAGGGAGAGAGACCCAGUCACCCACUGGACGAUCUACUCCAGCUGACCCUUCUCGCCAUGAUGACAACAGCGCUGCCAAACUAUACAAGCGACAAACUACGCUAUGCGCUUUUAGCAAAACAACUCAAAAGAGCUAUCUUGCGUUAUGUGGCCACAACCGAUACGGACGGUGAGCUUCUGCUAUGGGCAAUUUUCAUUGGCCGAGUUUCGAUCCUGCAUUGCGAUCAGGACGAUUGGAUCGCGCCUAUCUUUUCAAGAGUCAGUCAACAGGCUCAGAUUCAUGAGUGGCCACAAAUUCGGCGAAUUCUUGCCCAAUACUGUUGGAUACAUACUUUACACAACACUGUGGGGAUAAGAAUCUGGGGAACCCUUAGCAAGAUGAAAGCUACAUAGGAGCCACAGCACCUACCGUUCCGCGCGCAAGAUUCGUGGCAGUGUAAAUGGAACAUUCAGCCCUGCACAAGAACCAUGGCACAAUAAAGUGCACGUGCUGCAUCGUUGGGGCGACUUCGGACGCCGUGCGCUAAUCCCGAAAAGGAUGCCAAUGUCCAACUCAUUCAGCCAAUAGCGAGUAAGCAAAAACUGGUUGGCAUCAAACUCACCAGUACUCACGGUGUAAAGU